AGAUAAAGGGGAUAAGACAGAAAUUAACAGAAGAUGUUAAAGGCUUGUACAAAUAGAAAUGUUACUAGACAAUUAGGAAGUAGGACAAUUUAUACUUCAGUAUUGGAAUCAGAUAUUAAUAUUACUAGAAAUGGUAAAGUUAAUAUAUCUGUUGGUUCAGGUGGUAGAUCAUCAAGAACUGGUUAUACUGCAACAGUAUUUGGAGCUUCAGGAUUUUUAGGACGUUAUUUAACUUCUAAAUUAGCAAGACAUGGUACUACAACUGUUGUACCAUUUAGAGAUGAUAUGAAAAAGAGAUUUUUAAAAGUUACUGGAGAUUUAGGAGUAGUUAAUUUUGUUGAAUUUGAUGCAAGAAAUGUUAAAUCAAUUGAAGAUUCAGUUGCUCAUUCUGAUAUUGUAUUCAAUUGUAUUGGAGCUGAUUAUAAUACUAAGAAUUUUUCAAUGGCUGAUGUUAAUAUUGCUUUAACUGAAAGAAUCGCUAAAGCAACUAAAGAUGCUGGAGUUCCAAGAUUUGUUCAUGUAUCAUCUUAUAAUGCUAAUCCAAAUUCAAGUUCAGUAUUUUAUGCUACAAAAGGUAUUGGUGAACAAUUAGUUAAAGAUAUUAUACCUGAUGCAACUAUUGUUAGACCAUCCCAAAUGUAUGGUAGAGAAGAUAAUUUAUUAAAUUAUUUAGGUCCAAAAUUAAAAAUGUGGACUCCAAAUAAGAAUGCUAAAGAAAUUUAUCCAGUUCAUGUUUUAGAUGUUGCUAGAGCAUUAGAAAAAAUUGGAUUUGAUGAUUCGACUGUUGGACAAACUUUUGAAUUAGCUGGUCCAGAAAAAUUAUCUUAUUUUGAAAUAAGACAAAUGAUUCAUGGUAUUACUCAAGAUUUCUCUAAUGCUGGUCCAUUUUCUUAUUCAUUUGGUGAUUAUUAUCUUCCUGUUCAAUUAGCUAAAUUAAUAGCUGAAAUUAAACAAUUUGCUUACUGGAGAAUGACUAAUCCAGAUCAAGUUGAAAGACAUUUAAUUAAUCAAGUUAUAGAUCCUUCAGCUAAAGGAUUUAAAGAUUUAGGUAUAGAAGAUGUUGAUAAUUUAGCUGAUGUUUUAUUCACUUAUGUUAAACAUUGGAGACAUCCAUUAAUUUCUCAAAAGGGUGCACCAUCAAAGAAGGAAUUAGCCAGGUUAAGACAACUUGAACAUUUCACUUAGAUUCAUUAUAAAAUUCAUCACAUAUUCAUUGCAUAACAUUUGUAACAUGUCGCACCCUUUACUUCGUUAUAUAUUAUAUAUAUCUUUUUCUGCAUUUAUUUAGUAAUAAAGACAAAUUUGUCGUUAUACAUAUUAAUGUUCGGAGUCAGCCGAAAAUUUUCUUAUGCUGCACUAGUAUAAAUAGUAACUCAAAGGCUCUCA